GCCGAAUCGGAACAUAUGGUCGUUGGAUGCCGAAUCGGGCUGAAGGACUGAGGUGGAGGGGUAUCAUGGAGAGGUUCCGAAGCCCUGUUUUUGGGGCACAGCGUUGAUCUUUUGGCUGAACCCCCCCCACCCCCUAGCUAGCACUUGCCGCAGCCCCUUCCGCAGCCCUUUCCGCGGCGCUGCGCGGCGCACGCACGCAUUUCCUGUGCACAGCACGAGAUCCAGCGGAUGGCUCUGGCAACGGAGGGCGACCCGAGCUUCAGUGGCAUCAACACCAACAAGGAGGUCAUGGACAACAUGGAAUCGCCGUUGGAAAGAAAGAUGCUGUCCAAAGAGUGGGAGUGGGCUGCCAAGGAGGUCAAAGAGAAGGGUUAUGUGAUCUUGAAGAAUCUCUUGAGCCGCGAGGAGAUCCACGAGAUCCGAGAAGCCAUCGGGCCCUUGUUAACCGACUCAGGUCGAAACAACUUCGAGGGCUACAACACGAAGCGGGUCUAUGGAAUCUUGGGGAAGACCAGGGCCUUGGACAAGCUGAUUGCGCACCCAGUCGUGAUGGCGUUGCUGCACGAAUUCUUAUUGCCCAACUUUUUGUUAACUGCUGCGCAACUCAUUGACAUUUGCCCCGGCGAGACCCCGCAACCCUUCCACUACGACGACCAGUUUUGCCGGGUGCCCCGGCCGCGCGCUCCCUUCUCCAUGGCCACGGUGUGGGCCUUGGAUGACAACUUCUCCGCGGAGAACGGGGCGACGGUGGUGAUCCCUGGCAGUCACAAAUGGGAUGACGAGGUUCCCAGCGUGAAGCAGAUGUCCGAGCUGGGUAUUCCUGCAGAGUUGCCGAUCGGUAGCUGCGUCUUCUUUUCGGGCACCUUGUGGCACGGCGGAGGUGCCAACAAGAGCACCGACACCAAUCGAUGUGCCUUCACUGCGCAGUACUGUCAGCCUUGGGUGCGCACACAAGAGAACAUGAUGCUCUCCUUACCCUUCGAUCAGGUGAGCCGGUUGCCGCCGGAGAUUCAGAGCAUGGCGGGCUAUUCCAUCCACCCGCCCUUCAUUGGCCACGUGGACGGGCGUCAUCCCUUGAAGGCCGCCGAACGCUUGGCCAAGCUGUGAUGCCGAGCCGUGAUGCCGUCCGCACCGCGAGGGCAGAAGCCGCCUUCGGAAGCGGCAUUCGGACAGGAGUUCUUGGGGGGGUCGGUUGGAACGGAAUUGAGUGGAC